AGACCAGGAUGGACUGCUUUGAGAGGAGGGCAGGCUGCUGCACAGGCUCUGAUUGGGACGGGAGCCCCGCCGCGGAGGGGCACGCGGGAGCCGCGCUCACGGGGAAGCAGCUUUGCAGGCCCCAGAUGCUCCUCUGAGUGCCCGACACAGCAGCCCUGAGACUGGCGGCAGGGGUUGAGGUCAUUCUCUCACGGGCCAGGGCCGGGCGACUCUUUAUUUGCCGGAUUUGGUAGUUGAAAGGUGAAAGAGAACCCUGAGAUCCCCCAGCGAAAAUGUGUUGCGGCCCCUGUGGAAGGAGUCAACUUUCAGGCUGUUAAAGUCCUCAAGUCAUUAGCUUCAGCUGCUGCACUAAAGGGGCAAGCCAGCGCCUCUAAGUGGCUUAGCGCACAAACGAGGCUCCCGAGACGGCCGCGGCAACCCCAUCCGCUCUUCCACCACCGGCUGCACGUGAAUUGCUCUCCGGAGCCCAUCUCGGCACAGCCUACGAGACAGCAAUAUCAACACCUCUUGACAUGGAAAUGCACUGAUACAAUAGGCAAAAGAAGCACUCGAUUGCCUCUCCCGGUUCCAGGUGGCCUUAUUUGGGCGAUUCGUUCCUGACCUUAUUCCUGUGAUGGAGGAUUCAGGCAUCCAGCGGGGCAUCUGGGAUGGAGAUGCCAAGGCUGUCCAGCAAUGUCUCACAGAUAUUUUUACCAGCGUUUACACCACCUGCGACAUCCCUGAGAAUGCUAUAUUCGGUCCCUGCAUCCUGAGCCAUACUUCCCUGUAUGACAGCAUAGCUUUCAUUGCGCUCAAGUCCACAGACAAGAGAACAGUCCCCUAUAUCUUCCGGGUAGACACCUCAGCAGCAAAUGGUUCUUCGGAAGGUCUCAUGUGGCUGCGUCUCGUCCAAUCAGCCAGAGAUAAAGAGGAACAGAACCUUGAAGCCUAUAUAAAAAACGGACAGCUGUUUUACCGCUCUCUCCGCAGGAUUGCCAAAGACGAGGAGUUACUAGUUUGGUACGGGAAAGAACUGACUGAGUUACUCUUGCUCUGCCCCUCUAGAUCCCACAGCAAAAUGAAUGGGUCGUCCCCUUACACAUGCCUGGAAUGCAGCCAACGUUUCCAGUUUGAGUUCCCCUAUGUGGCGCAUCUGCGCUUCCGCUGCCCCAAGAGACUUCACAGCGCUGAUGCCAGCCCCCAAGAAGAGCAAGGCGGCGGCGUGGGCACCAAGGAUCACGGGGGCGGGGGCGGUGGCAAAGACCAGCAGCCGCAGCAACAAGAAGCGCCCUUGGGCCCCGGCCCCAAGUUCGGCAAAGCCGGACCUAUCCACCACUACCCGGCCCCCUCCCCCGAGGGCAGUAACCAGCCCGCGGCAGGCGGCGGCGGCGGCGCCAAGCCCUCCACGGACUUUCACAACCUGGCCCGGGAGCUCGAAAACUCGGGGGGAGGCAACAGCUGCUCCCCCGUCCGGGGCCUCGGUGGCGGCGGCGGCGGCGGCGGCGGCGGCCACCAGGAGGCGGAGCUGAGUCCCGACGGCAACGCCACAGGCGGCGGCAAGGGGAAGAGGAAAUUCCCGGAGGAGGCGGCGGAGGGGGGCGGCGGCGUGGGGCUGGCGGGGGGCCGGGGCCGCUUCGCCGAGCGGCCCCUGACCGCCUCCAAGGAGGACUUGGUGUGCACCCCGCAGCAGUACCGCGCCUCGGGCAGCUACUUCAGCCUGGAAGAGAACGGCCGCCUCUUCGCGCCGCCCAGCCCCGAGACGGGCGAGGCCAAGCGCAGCGCCUUCGUGGAGGUGAAGAAGGCGGCUCGAGCGGCCGGUCUGCAGGAGGACGCGGCCGCCGACGGCGGGGGCGCGGCCGCCGAAGACCAGGACGCGGGCGGCGGCGGCGGCGGCGGCGGCUCCUCCACGCCCGUGGCCGCUUCGCCGGCAGGCGCCGACAAGCUGCUGGCCCCGCGGCCUGGGGGCCCGCUGCCCGGCCGGCUGGAGGGCGGCAGCCCGGCGCGGGGCAGCGCCUUCACCUCGGUGCCGCAGCUGGGCGGCGCGGGCGGCAACGGGGCGGGCGGCGGCGCGGGCGCCGGGGCUUCCGGCGGAGCGGGCGGCGGCCAGGGCGCCGCGUCGGACGAGCGCAAGAGCGCCUUCUCGCAGCCGGCGCGCUCCUUCUCCCAGCUGUCCCCGCUGGUGCUGGGCCAGAAGCUGAGCGCGCUCGAGCCGUGCCACCCCGGGGACGGCGUGGGCCCCACCAGACUCUACCCCGCCGCCUCCGACCCUCUGGCCGUGAAGCUCCAGGGGGCCGCGGACCUGAACGGAGGUUGCGGGGCCCUGCCGAGCGGUGGCGGCGGCGGCCUGCCCAAACAGAACCCCUUCCUCUACGCCACCGCCUUCUGGCCCAAGAGCUCCGCUGCCGCCGCGGCGGCGGCCGCGGCGGCCGCGGGGCCCCUGCAGUUGCAGCUGCCCUCGGCGCUCACUCUGCUGCCGCCUUCCUUCACCUCGCUGUGUCUGCCCGCGCAGAACUGGUGUGCCAAGUGCAAUGCCUCCUUCCGCAUGACCUCCGACCUGGUGUACCACAUGCGGUCGCAUCACAAAAAGGAGUACGCGAUGGAGCCCUUGGUGAAGCGGCGGCGGGAGGAGAAACUCAAGUGCCCCAUUUGCAAUGAGUCCUUCAGGGAGCGCCACCACCUCUCCAGGCACAUGACCUCGCAUAAUUGACACGGAAAGGACCCUAGCUUUCCACGCGCGCACAGUCACAGUCAAGCCACCUACAGGAAAAACACACGAGGACAUCCACCACCUCCUUGUGACCUGAAACACUGCACCCAAAGACAGACACACACACACACAUACACGUGCCACCCCAACCUUCUCAUUGACCUGUUUACCCGAGACCUGCAUUAUACACGCAGACACACACACGCACGCACGCACACACACGCACGCACGCAUACAAGACAGGAUGGUGGAUUUUUGAUUGGGUGGGUUAUUCGAGGGGUUUUCUUUUGAAUGCACGCAUUUUCACUUUCCAAAAACAAAAGUACAUUUUUAAAAAUGUCAUAUAUUGCAACAUAUUGAUGCAUUUGUCAUACGUUUCUACUUAAAUUAUUAAGCACUUACGGUUUAGAUGUAAUAAUUAUAUGUAAGGGCAAAAUUUAUUUUAGAUAUAAAGUAAAGGAGGAGGGUGAGAUGCUUUCUGCAUUUCUUGAUGACAGUUUGUGUUCUUACAAAAAAAUAAAAUAAAUAAAAAGGGGUCACCAUUCAAUUUAAGUUUCCAGGGGGAAGUGCAUGUAUCAUGAAAUGAUUAUGGACUUCAAUGAAGAAUGUCAUCAUUAUGUAAAUAUGUAUUUCCUUUUAAUACAAAGUGUAAUUUUGUGCCAGUGAAAUGGAGUCUGAAUAGUUAUGUGUUUCUUUUAUCCCUGGAAAGAUUUAUUAAACUUUAUAGAUUAUCCAGGUAUGUUGGAUGCUUUGACAAUAAAUGACUAUUUUCUUC